AGCGGUUCUGGCUCUGGCCAGGGCCUUUGUCCAUGCACAUUCCUGACUAAACACCUUUCGGAGCUUCUCGGGCGGCCUAACGUCCAUUCGCCCCUUGGUGCCAUGGUCGCAGCGCUUGUUCGCAGCCGUGUCUGGGGCGCCCUCGUCCUCGGCUUCGGCUGCGGCGCGGCGGCGGCCGCCCCGGGAGCCUCUGCGGCGGGAGGAGCUGCCCCUCGGCGCCCCCCGCCCGCGGCGGAGGGCGGCCUCCAGCUGCGGGCGCGGCGCGCGACCUCCCCGCGGCAGGAGGACGAGAAGCUCUUGAUGCUGCAGGUCGCGAGCCUCGCGGUGGCGGACCGCGCGACGUUGGCGCGGCGGCUGGCCGAGUCGCGGCAGGAGGCGGAGGCGAGCCGCGAGAAGGGCAGCCGCCUCGAAGCGCUGCUGUCCCGGGAGCGGCAGGCCUGGCAGCAGGACCGGCACCGCUUGCAGCUGCUGCAGCAGCACGCCGCCGUCGAGCUGGCGGAGCAAGCGCGCCGGCAGAACGCGAGCCGGGCGCAGGACGAGCGGCUGGAGCGCUCGCUCAAGGGCGCGCGCGCGGAAGCGGAUCGCGCGGCCGUCAAGAGCAGGAGGCUGCUGCGGGAUGGCCAGGCCCGACUGCACGAGGCCGCCGAGCGCCUCCGGCUGGCCACGGCGCGCGGCGCCGCGCUCGAGGCAUGAUUGGGCUGGCAGGACCAGAAGCGCGCCACCGAGAUUGCCAGGGCGGAGGAGGCAGAGAAGGCCAGGCGCCUGAACGCCACGAGCACUGAGUUGGAGCGGGCGCGGGAGCUGCUCAGCAGCAUGCAGGCGCGCGCCGCCGCGAUGACGCCGCAGACGAGGUCGAACUCGGACUGGGAGGACGCGGCUUGACGGGGCGACACGGUCGGGGGCAGCGGCGCCGCUGGGCGGCGCGCGACGCUUUCGGCGGCGGCGCCGCCGCCUCGGCGGCGGCGGCGCCACGGCGCUGGCCCAGACAUCCAGGCGCCCAGGCAGCCUCGACGAGGCCCUCGGGCAGGUUUCCGACGAGAGCCGCCGCCGUCGUGGAGAAAGCCGCGGUGCCGGAGGCCGUGGGGAGUGGCCACGCGCGGCCGGCCUGCACCCCCCGGCGGCAGGGGGCACGCCUGCUGUUCUGAACGCUGCGUCGGCCGUUGCGUCGCCGACGGCGCGUCGCGCGCCGCUGAUGCCGCGGGGGGGGGGCGCCAACUUCACCUUU